GAAACUUUAAUGUCAAAAUUUAAUACCAAACUGAAGCCGUGAAGCGGCAAGCGAUUGCUUAAGGCAAAAAUUGUAAAAAUACUGUAUUAAGAUGGUUGAAAAUAACGAACUUGAAUUGUCGGAAGCCGAGGCAGAACAAUAUGAUCGACAAAUUCGAUUGUGGGGAUUGGAAUCUCAAAAAAGGUUACGCGCUUCAAAAGUUUUAAUCAUCGGAUUAUCAGGUUUGGGUGCCGAAAUAGCGAAAAACAUUAUAUUGUCUGGAGUAAAGAGUGUAUGUUUAUUAGAUGAUGAAAAACUUAAAGAAACUGACUUAUACUCACAAUUUUUGGCCCCGCCCGAUAAAAUUGGUGAAAACAGAGCGGAAAGUUCUAUUCAACGGGCAAGGGCUUUGAACCCAAUGGUUGACAUUACCUCUGAGACAAAAGCAGUUGAUGAAUUGCCUGAUGCCUUUUUUACGACAUUCGACAUCGUUUGCGCUACUGGUUUGAAACAAGAACAACUAGAACGUAUAAAUAAUAUUUGCCGCGACAGUAACAAGAAAUUUUUAUGUGGUGACGUAUGGGGCAUGUUUGGCUACAUGUUCGCUGAUUUGAUCGACCACGAGUAUUCAGAAGAGAUAGUUCAACACAAAGCUGUAAAACGAGGACCCGAUGAAACAGAGAAAAACGCAAGAGAGACCGUUAGUAUUACUGUAAAACGAAGAGCUAUUUAUGUGCCUCUACAAAAUGCUUUAUCGGCUGAUUGGACAAAACCUGAAUUGCGCUCGAGGUUGCGACGAGGUGACCCAUCGUAUUUUGCAAUGAAAAUUCUGCUAAGAUUCAGGGAUGAAUUCAAUAGAAACCCUGACCCUGCUAAGAGAAAGGCUGAUACUGAAAUAUUAUUACGUAUGCGAGAUGAGCUUGUAAAAGAAUUGAAUAUCCCUGUUGGGUUUAUUAGUGAUGCUUUAUUAACUGAUGUAUUUGGAAUUGUUUCUGGAGCAGCUGCAGUAGUCGGAGGAGUAAUUGGUCAAGAAGUAGUGAAAGCUGUGAGUCAGCGUGAGCCACCGCACAACAAUAUGUUUUUCUUCAACCCAGUAAAAUGUGUUGGAUUUGUAGAACUUUAUGGCCAAUAAUUUUGAUACUCUGUAAAAUGUACAUUAAUAAGUUGAAAUAAAUAUGAAA